AUGAUCACAACAACUUCAAAAGAAUUAUCAGAUUUCUCAUCAAAGCAAGAAGGCAAAACCACAAUUGAAGACAAGAAUAACAAUAAUAGUAAGCCCUUCUCUUCUUCUAGCUCAACACCAUGGUCAAGGCUCAAAGAUCCGCGAAUCGUCCGAGUCUCUAAGGCUUUUGGAGGCAAAGACAGGCACAGCAAAGUGUGUACUGUGAGAGGAUUGAGGGAUAGAAGAGUAAGACUCUCUGUGCCAACUGCUAUUCAAUUGUAUGAUCUUCAAGACAGGCUAGGGCUUAACCAACCAAGCAAGGUGGUUGAUUGGCUCCUGAAAGUUGCUAAACAUGAAAUUGAUGAACUGCCUCCUCUCCCUUUUUCACCAUUAAGCUUUGUCCAAUACCACCAACAAUUUCCACCUAAUAACAAUCAAGGGCUUUGUACUUCUCAAUCUCAUAGAGAAGGGCUCAAGAUCAACACAGGAGUUGGUGAGAAAGAGAAUUGGAAUCAAAAAAGUAAAGGAGGAGAAGAGAAAGAAGAAGAAGAAGAGAGGGAAGGUGCAAGUGGUUGUUCAUCAAUUUGCAACUUUUUCCCAGGUUUGCACAACAAUAUUAAUGCUAUCCCACACAAUUACUUCCAACCCUCAAUUUUCUCUUUCUCUUCCAUGGAUGAUCCACAGAACUUGAAUUUUGCUCAAUUGUCCUCGGCCAUGUCUAUCGCACCUGGGUCUCAUCAAUUUUUUGUGUGCCCUCCUCCUGCACAACCCUACUUGCCUCCGAGCUCGGUCGAGUUCGACCCGAAACAGCUCAAUCACUUGCAGAUUUUGAGCUCAAGUAGUCCGCAGAAUCCCUCCAAUUCUCUUGGUCCAAGUCUCCAGUCUAUAGCCCAGACCGUGAAACCCCUUCAGUACCUAAGCAUGGGUCCUAAGAUCAUAAGCACAGGAAGUGAAAGCCAACCAGCUCGUACCAGUGAUCAAUUUCCUCGCAAAUGA